AUGUUCGCGGAGCCUCUGACCACCUCUCUGACCCGAACAGACACUGCGCACUUGGAUGACGUCGUGGAGCCACCAGAGGGUUGCGAGGUCAACAACUCCCGCUUCUACGAGCUCUUAGGGAUCAGCAAGGAUGCGAGCAGCACCGAAAUCAAGAAGGCCUACCACAAGAUGGCCAAGACGCACCACCCUGACAAGGGCGGGGACCCCGACGCUUUCAAGGAGCUGCAGCGGGCUUUCGAGGUCCUCAGCGAUCCUGAGCAGCGGCAGACUUACGACCGUUACGGGGAAGAGGGCUUGGACGAAGACAAGUCUCCCAGUGGGCAGGAUUUCUUCUCACAGAUCUUCGGGGGCCGCGCUCCGGGCCGUGGACGGGCGCAGAGGCCGCGGACCAAAGAUGUCAUCCAGCCGAUCUGGGUGACCCUGGAGGAACUUUACACCGGGGUCACCCGGCCGGUACCCAUUGUCAGGAAGGUGGUGGAUGAGUCCGCGGAGGUGACGAAGUGCGACAUCUGCGACGGCCGCGGCCACAUGGUAGAGGUCAUCCGCCUGGGCCCCAUGGUCCAGCAGGCCAUGAAGAGGGGACGCCCCAUGAAGGCCAUGGCCAAGGCAAUGAAGGCAAUGAAGGUGAUGAAGAAGAAGAAGGAAAGCAAGAUCGCUCGUGGCAAGAUGGCCAAGAUGGUCGUGUUCCGGGGUAGCAAGGAGAAGACAGCCACCGGCCUCCAGAAGAGUGACUUGAUGAAGAACAGGAACGGCAAGGUGGUGACCAAGAAGCAGCACGCCAAAGGCAAAGCCUUGUUCGCGGAAUACGCCAAGAAGUGGACCAACGCAGUCUCCAAGGCGAGGGAGGAGCUGGGCAUCAAGGGGUUUUGCGCUAUUGGCGGAAAGAGCGCUCAGGGAAAGGCACUCUAUGCCAAGGCAAGAUCGAUCUACUCGGAGUGA